CGCCUGCAGUGUUUUUAACGGCUGUAGGGAGCAUGUGCGCGGAUUGGAGCGCGCCCCAGUUUUGUUACCGGCUGCAGGGAGCGUAUGUGUGGAUUGGAGCGCGUCCGCAGUGUUUUUAACGGCUGUAGGGAGUGUGUGAGCGGAUUGGAGCGCGUCCGCAGUGUUUUUAACGGCUGUAGGGAGUGUGUGAGCGGAUUGGAGCGCGCCCGCAGUGUUUUUAACGGCUGUAGGCAGUGUGUGAGCGGAUUGGAGCGCGCCCGCAGUGUUUUUAACGGCUGUAGGGAGUGUGUGAGCGAAUUGGAGCGCGCCCGCAGUGUUAUUGCAGGCUGUAGGGAGCGUAUGUGCGGAUUGGAGCGCGCCCACAGUGUUAUUGGAGGCUGUAGGGAGCGUAUGUGCGGAUUGGGGCGCGCCCGCAGUGUUUUAACGGCUGUAGGGAGUGUGUGAGAGGAUUGGAGCGCGUCCUCAGUGUUUUUAACGGCUGUAGGGAGUGUGUGAGAGGAUUGGAGCGCGCCCGCAGUGUUUUUAACGGCUGUAGGGAGUGUGUGAGAGGAUUGGAGCGCGUCCGCAGUGUUGUUAGCUACUGUAUGGAGAGUGUGCUGUUGUUAGCCUGAGCUUUAAACCGGGUUUAUUAGAUUUACACAGAGAUCGGACUGUCUGGAAUGCGCACUCCUCAGAAAACACAGGUGGAGGUAAGCCCGUAGCACCAUGAGGCCGGCGCCUCCGCUUCACUGCUGCCGUCACAGGAAAACGUGGCUGCGCUCGGCCGGCUCCUCAGCGGCCGCGUCCGGCCUGGAUAAACCAUGAACCGCUACUCCGCCCUCCGGCAGCUCGGCGACGGCACCUACGGCUCCGUCAUCCUCAGCCGCUGCCUGGAGUCCGGCGAACUCGUCGCCAUCAAGAAAAUGAAGAGGAAGUUUUAUUCGUGGGAGGAGUGCAUGAAUCUGCGAGAGGUGAAGUCCCUGAAGAAACUCAACCAUGCCAACGUGAUCAAGCUGAAGGAGGUGAUCCGAGAACACGACCAUCUGUACUUCGUCUUCGAGUACAUGAAGGAGAACCUCUACCAGCUGAUGAAGGACAGGACUCGGCUGUUUCCUGAGUCUGCGGUGAGGAACAUCAUGUUUCAGAUUCUGCAGGGACUCGCCUUCAUUCACAAACACGGUUUUUUCCACAGAGAUCUGAAGCCGGAGAAUCUUCUGUGUAUGGGUCCAGAGCUGGUGAAGAUCGCUGAUUUUGGAUUGGCUCGAGAGAUCCGGUCCCGCCCUCCUUACACCGACUACGUAUCCACCAGAUGGUACAGAGCUCCGGAGGUUCUCCUCAGGUCCACCAGUUACAGCUCCCCUAUAGACCAGUGGGCGGUGGGCUGCAUUAUGGCUGAGCUCUACACCCUCAGGCCUCUGUUCCCGGGCUCCAGUGAAGUGGACACCAUCUUCAAAAUCUGCCAGGUCCUGGGAACUCCCAAAAAGAACGACUGGGCUGAAGGGUAUCACCUGGCCGCCACUAUGAGUUUCCGCUGGCCGCAGUGCGUCCCCACCAGCCUCAGGACCCUCAUCCCCAACGCCAGCACUGAGGCCAUCCAGCUGAUGAGAGACCUGCUGCAGUGGGACCCCAAGAAACGACCAGCAGCCAGCCAGGCUCUGCGCUACCCGUACUUCCAGGUGGGUCAGGUGUUGGGAACGCCACAGCAGCUCCAGGAGCAGAGCAGACCUAUGCCUCAGCCCCAGCCACCGCCACAGCCCCCGCCACAACCUCAGCAGCCCCCACAGCUCAGGCCCGUUCCCCCUCCUCAACCCCCUCAGCCUCACCUCACCCCGGCACGACCCCUCCAGCAGAUCCAGCCUCCACCACCACCUCCACCCGGCCUCGCCUACCUCCAGCAGCACCAGCAGCCCCACCCAGAACAGCCCCACCCCCCCGCCAGACCGGCGCCGGACACCGGCCGGACCCCGCAGACCCGAUUCCCUCUAAUAUACGACAAAGGUCUGCAGAGCCAGGUAACUUCAGAACCUCAGAACGCCAAUUUCUCCAGUUACAUGAUGAAGCCUAAAGCAGGCCGGCGGAGGUGGGGUCACGUCACGGGGGUCCUCAGGGGGGAAGAGUGGGACGACUACGAGGACCUGGACGCCUCGCCCACUGCACCGAACAAACCUGCGUACAUCACCAACGACAAACGCUGGCACGACGACAACAGCCUCAACAGGCUGGGGAACGUUCUGGAUUUCAGCCAAUCCAGAAACGAAGGCGUGACGAAUAUGAAUAAAGUGCUGCCCUUUCAAGAGCCAUCGAGGACCGCCUCAGCCAAGCAGCAUUACCUGAAGCAAUCAAGAUAUUUACCAGGGUUAAGCAGUAAGAAGAAUGUAGCAGUAAAUGCUGUAAAGGACCUGAGUGGGACAAGCCUGUGGGGGAGCAGCAGUGUUCCUGUGGGAGGAACUCUUCCCACCAGAGGGAGUCACGGUUCACGUCAAGGUGGAUACGUCCCGUCGGUCUAUAAGAAAGAGAUCAGUUCAGCUGGCCAAAGAGUUCAUCUAGCACCUAUAGAUUCUACACUGUCGAAUUAUGCAACGUGGAAAUCGAGCAGGUCGAGCAGUCAGGUGGGCGCAUCAUCCUACGUAUCGUCCCCCACCAAGAGCACACCAGGCCAGAGGCCCCGCCCCCCAGUACAGCCCGUUCACGGACGCACCGAUUGGUCAGCCAAGUACGGCCAUCGAUAGGGCGUCCUCGGUGCCCUACAAUCUAUCUCUGCGUGUGUAAAUUCAGAUUAUAUACAGCAAUAAUCUCUGUUUUAUAUUCCUCUGUGGAAUUUUUGGCUCAUGUACAAUUUUUAUAUUUGUUUUGCAUAAUAAUAUGCACAAGAAAAUUUUCAGUGUUGGUGUUCAGUGUAUCGAAUGAUAUAUUGAUAUAUUGCAAAAAUUGCAAUCUUUUAUCCCUUGUAAUCUUUCAGACUGCUGAAGAGUAUGCAUUAAUAUAUGGUUAGUGGCAUAAAAAUUGUGGCUUUUUUUUUUGUGGAAUUUUUGUGUUUUUUUCCCUCUCCUCAGUAUGUGUAUACCUUUUUUAUUUAUGUUUCUUGUUUUCUAAAUAUUUUUUAACAUUAUAUAUUUUGUCUUAUACCAUUUUUUUUACUGAUUCCCACACCAAAUUUUGUAAAUCUGCCAAAAAUGAUUUUUCUGUUUUUUAUUUGCUAUGAAAAGUGUUUUUGUGUGUUGUUCUUCCCUUAACAAAUGCUCUGUAUGUAUGUAUGGUACGUUAUCUUAUGUUAUGCACAGCACAUGUUUAUUGGUUGGUCUGUUUGGUUGGUUGCUGAUCUGCUUAUUUCCAUCACAGCCCUUUUUCAGGAUGGUGUUUUUAAUGUGAUUUUAAUGUAAUUUUGGUAAUAUUGUCAUUUCUCAGCAUAAUCAGCAGCUCUAGAUUAAAGUAUUAAUUAAAGAAAAUGCAUUAUUUUACCAACUAA